GUUAAAGUCAUGAGUUCACCGCUGAGCUGCGAUUCUACUUUGAUGGCCAGAAUCUUGGGUCUUGAUUGGUUCCUUCCUUUUUGCUCCUUAAACCCUCGCCAUCGACUGCAAAUCCAGUGAACUUUUUUCAAUUCAAUUCGUUUUGGGUAUUUCUGAUCUAUGGAUUUCGUCGAGUUAGAGGCCGCCGAAGGCCUCCGAUGGACAUGGAAUUCAUGGCCGGCGACCAAAUCAGAAGUCGAUGCCCUUGUAAUACCACUAUCGGUCAUGUGCACGCCAUUGAUGCAGUUCAACGAGCUCCCUAUUCUUCCUUACGAUCCUCUAAUCUGCAAUCAAUGCGGCGCCGUAUUGAACCCUUAUGCCCGCGUAGAUUACCAAUCUCGCAUCUGGGUAUGCCCUUUCUGCACAAAGAAGAACCCUUUUCCUCGAUCUUAUUCUGGAAUCGGUGAGAAUAAUCUUCCAGGUGAGUUGUUUCCAACCUACAGUACUGUUGAGUAUCAUUUGGGGAAGAAAGUUCCUCCGCCGUUGCCACCGCCGCCGCCUUCAAUCUCAAACAGAUUCGGCUCCUCAGGAUCCCUGGCUUUAUCUUCUUCUUCUUUGCUACCGGCGGCUGUUGAACAUAGAGGGAUCGCGCCGGCGUUCGUGUUUGUGGUGGAUGCUUGUACUGAUGGGGAUGAACUUUUAGCGCUGAAGAAUGAGUUGUUGUAUGUUGUUUCGUCAUUGCCGGAAAAUUCAUUGGUGGGUUUGGUCACUUUUGAUUCAAUGGUUAGAAUUCAUGAUCUUAGUUCUACUGAUUGCUUGAGGGUUUUUGUUCUUCACGGCGAUCGCGAACAAUCCUCUGAUCAGAUGAAGAAGUUAUUGGGAAUCGAUCGUAAAACGUCGUCAAAGCAAGGAUUUCUACUUCCAUUAUCUGAAUGUGAAUUCAACAUCACUACAGCUAUUGAAGAUAUCCAUUCCUCAACCCGAGUAAAACGCGGGCAUCGUUCUUCACGUUCGACAGGCGCAGCUAUAUCAGCAUCGGUUGGGCUCUUGGAAGGUUUAUCGAUCAAUAAUGGCUCGAGAAUAUUGGUUUUCACGUCAGGGCCUGCCACUCUAGGCCCGGGAAUGAUUGUGAAAUCGGAUUUAGCGAAUUCCAUCCGAAGUCACCAAGAUAUAUUCAAUGACCGUGGUUUUCACUAUGCCAAGGCUUCGGGUUUCUAUAAGAAGUUAUCGGAGAGACUUUCAGAUUCCUCGAUUGUUCUCGACUUCUUUGCUUGUUCGCUCGAUCAAGUGGGGGCAGCCGAGGUGAAGGUCCCGGUUGAGAAUUCGGGUGGAUUCAUGAUGCUAGGGGAUUCAUUUGAAUCAGAAGAGUUCAGAAAGAGUUUACGUCAUUUGUUUGAUCGUGACAAAGACGGGAGCUUGAAGAUGUGUUUCGACGUUACUAUCGAGAUAGUCACGUCGAAAGACUUCAAGGUAUUCAGAGCCCUUGGUCCUAUAACUCCUCUUAAGAAUAAGAAUGGUACAUGGAAAUUGGGGACGGUUACGAGCAAAACUUGUGUAGCGUUCUUCUUUCAAGUGGCAGACGAACCAAAAUCACAGCCCAAUUCCGCGUUCUUCUUACAAAUCAUCACGCGGUAUCGCGACGGAGACAUGUCAAUACGGAAAAGAGUCACGACUGCUUCGAGAAGAUGGGUAACCAAACGCUCCCCGGAAAUAUCUUCGGGAUUUGAUCAAGAGGCCGCUGCUUGUAUCAUGGCUAGACUGGCAAUUGACAAGGCAGAAUCGGAGAUGGCCGAAGAUGUCAUCCAUUGGCUAGACAAGAUGCUAGUUCGGUUUUCCUCGAGGUUUGGAGAUUACAUUCCGGAAGAUUCUUCGACUUUCCAACUCUCAUCAAACUUUUCUCUUUACCCGCAGUUUAUGUAUCACUUAAGAAGGUCUCAGUUCAUCGUAGUCUUCAACAGCUCGCCAGACGAGACGGGUUUCUUCAGAUUGGUUUUAAACAGAGAAGGGGUAUUAGGUUCUCUCAUAAUGAUCCAACCAACACUUUUACGAUAUUCUUUUCAUGGGCCUCCUGUUCCGGUUGUGUUAGACGUGUGUUCGAUCACUCCAGACUCAAUCUUGCUAUUUGAUUCAUUUUUUCAUGUCGUGAUCCAUUAUGGAGCUCAUAUUGGGCAAUGGAGGAAGAUGGGUUAUGAUCAAGAUAUGAAUAACGAGAGUCUAAGGAAGAUGUUGGAAGAAGUGGUGGUUGAGGCGGAGCAGUUGACUGUUGAUCGAUUUCCUGUACCGAAGGUUAUAAAAUGUGAUCAGUAUAGCAGUCAAGCCAGGUUUCUUUUGGCUAAGUUGAAUCCGUCGGUUACCCAUGAUUCGGUUUAUACAGAUCAAACUGAAAUAAUUUAUACCGAUGAUAUGAGCUUGCAAACUUUUGUUGAACAUUUGCGAGCUCUUGCUGUUCAAGGUUGAUUUAUAAAUCUGGUUAAACGACAAGUAUUCCUUGUACAGAUAUUAAGAAACGCAUCAUAGCUCAAUAUAUUUGGCACCAAGAUAGUGUUUCGCCGCUGAAAUGUAUUAUUAUUAAUGUUGAGGUCUUGUUGUUCUUGGUUAAGAAUGAUGGCUUUUUACGAAAGACAGAUUUUAAGGAGGCGCUUGUUUAUUCAGAUAUUAUUGUCUGAAACACGAUCUUUGUCACAUUUCUCCUUCGGGUUUCUGUCAGAUUUUUCAUUUAGUUGUGUUCAAGUUGGAAUCUUAUUUAGAAACAGGGUAUUAUAUAAACUUAGUGGACUGUUUUUAUGGUA